UAUUAUUUAGUUUCAUUCUGUUUAGUUUGUAAGCAUGCUUGAAGCUAAAGCACACACCGCUACUGCACCAAUGAGUGUUUACACCGGUUUACCUAGUUAAAAACCAGGAACGGGGUAAAAUCAUAGAACCACCACCAUCCCGACCUUGUGUCAUCUGUAUUUACAGGUUCUUUUGUUUUAUUUUAUAUAUAAAACUCACACAAGGUUUUCAUCUACAUGCUAAAAAAUUAGAAAUUUGAUGGCUGAGCAGAUUGAGAGGGUUGUAAGACUUACUGUAGGCUACUUCUGGACUCUCAAAAGAAUGCACAACAUGAGACAAUGUGCAUAGACAUAAUUGGACUAAACUCUGACACUAGUCAAGGGCUUUUAAAUCUGCUCUUUUGAAUUGAAAUGCCUUCUGUAUAUUUAACAUUUUGAAUUAAAGUGGUGAUGGAAUAAUAAUGAUUUUAAAGUAGUAAAUGUGCUUACCACGAUUAAUGUAUGCACACAAUUUAUUUAAAAUACAAACCACCCUGGUACUGGAUUAGAACUAGCACAAGGCUGUUUAACAUUAGAAAUUAAACUACAUUUAAUUAGCAGCUAAUAUUAAAAUAGUAUAAUACAUGUGAGACAUUCAGAGCAAAAGUACAAUUACAGAUAAAAAACAACAACCUUGUGUUGUCUUGAGUGGCCUAUACAUAUGCCUUUCAAUACCCAGAUGUCGUCUUUUAUUAAUAGCUCUGCCUCUGACCUCAUAUACUACUCAUCCUGUGAUUUCGUGCACUCAGCUAAAUGUUUCUGUGGGAGUUAUUUUCAGUUUCAGCAGACAUUAUAUUUUGAGACGUCAGAAUAUUCUAGGCGUGCCAAUUAAAAGACAUUUCCUGUGUUUACACCAUUUUACAGACAAAUUGCCUGCUUUUGUGUUUCUGCAUGUCUACAACAAAUGUAAAGUACUUGCAAGUUACAGCACAAUAUGAUGCAUGAUCCCCAGAAGUUUAAUAGGUUGUUUAUAAUUUCCCAUUUUACUGGAUGAUUAUUGUUAUUGUAUGCUGAUUCAUGCAUUAAAGAGACAAUUAAACAGCUCAUUUUAGAGCAUAUUUGUUGUCUUUAAAGGAACAGUAGCUUAGAAAUGUUUGUCUUCAGAAAUGAUGAUAAAGAGACACUUCAUACUGUUAUUAAACAAUGAUUCAACUCAAAUCCAUACGUAUAUACUUGUUGAUCAGUGUACCUUAAAAUAUAUUUUUAAUUCCGCUGCUAAAGCUUUUUUAUUAAAGCUAGAAACAGGUGUCCUAUUUGGAAACACAUUGACACCAUUGGAAAGGUGUUCUUUUUAACUCUGUGCCAGCAUAUGCAAUAGAUGGCUCAUAUUUCAGUCCCCCAUUUCAAUACAUUUGGUUCAUUCUAACCUUUAAUUAAUUAUUUAAAGCUUUAUUUUGAUAAAAAGUCCCCCAUGAAUAGCUUGCACCAGUUGUAACCAAUGGCAGAGCUUGGCAGCUGGCCUGUUUGGAGACUGUGUGCGCCCUCAGCUGCCUCCAGAAGUGACAGUCGACUCUCUGUAUAGGCUAUCUGACUGUUGGAAGCCUGAAAUAUUUGAAUGUCAUUAGGGGAGGUCAUCUGUGGCUUGAGGAGGGGGCUGGUCAAUAGGGGUUCAUAUAUGCCUCUGCAAUGGAGCAAGUGGAGACUUGCAUUAUAUGGUGGCCAAAGGGCCCUUUUUGAGGCUCCAGGGCCAUCUGUACACCAAUUUAAAUGGUAUAGUCCAAUUUGAACACCCCUCCAUAUUGAGCUAAAAUGGAAGAGCCUCUUUUGCAGUGUUUGCUGGGAAGAAGAAAGUACAGUCGGGAUUGGGACUUUGGAGAGGGAGGCAGCAAUCUAAAGAGGUGCUUGGAAAGAAAGAAAACAAGAUCUCCAUUUGGGACAUCCAGUUUUUCUCACUGCAACGUGAACUAACCGAUAAAACUAUCUUCCUCCGUAUACAAUGGCUGACAAUGAGAUCUUUGAUGACCUAGACAAGCUGAAGAGGGGUCUAGUGAAGGUUCUGGAAUGCGUGGCCACCAUCUCAUCCGCAGCAGCAGUGGUCAAUCCCAUCUUCGGCGUGGCUGGCUCUCUCAUCCGGGUGGUUCUACAUCAUGUGGAUGACGAAGACAUUCAGAAACUCAAACGCGAGUUUGGCAGCGUGAAUCGAGCCCUGGACGAAAUCUCACAGCAGAACCGUCAAGCCCUGCUCCAAAUCAGGAAGGAAACAGUGGACAAACAGUACCACGAGGUCGAAGAAAACAUUCGCAAUCAGUUCCGCAAAUUCAUGGAGAUCGUGGAGGCCAAACCGGAGCACGUGCAACGCAAGAAGGAUGAUUUCGUAGAGAGUUUCAUCAAUGAUAAAGAUGACCAGAACAUGUACACACUUUAUGAAGGCGUGAUGGGGAAGCACAAACUCUUCAGCCAGCCCAUCCUAGACGUCUACAUGAAGCAUUCACAGGGUGACCAGCACGUCAUGGAAAACCUCUGCACUCGACUCGCGUACCUGUUCUGCAUCGGUUUCAUCGCUCUGAUGGGCUACUACGGCAUCCUGGGAGAUGAUUUGGAAUCUCGUAACGAAGAGUGGGAAGAGAAUAUGAGGAACGUGCAGGAGAAAAUGCAGGAGGUGCUGAGGAGAUGCAAGUGAUCGUGAAAGCUUUCUGCUCUUUAUUGCCUUUGUGCUUUGCCUUUUCCUCUUACUCUAAUAGACUUCAUCGACCUGCAGCAUUAUCUUCUUGAUGACUGCAGGUCAUGCUGAAGUGUACAGAGUCAUUUCCUGCAAUCUAGUUCUUGUUUUUUGUUUUUUAAUCACACAAUCACAUUUCUUCAUGCUUUGCCUCAGUUUAAUACUACAUGACCAAGAUAUUUAACACUAAUCUACAGAAUGCUGGUUGUGGUUAUAUAAAUGUUAUUAAAGCUCAUAAGCAGUGGCACCUUGAAAAUUGACUACAUGAUGAACAACCUGUUUCCUGAAUAAAUACAUAGUAUAUACAAAUGUAUUCUAUAAAAUACAUAUAUAAUUUAAAGAAACUACCUAUGUAUCUAUCUAUAUAUUCAUAAAUGUUGCAAAGUAAAGAGCAUACAAUUUACUGUCUGUGCAAACCCAGAUCAAAAUUUCGGUCUGAAAUGUUCACAUUUAUGCACCUUUUUGGCACAUUAGUAAUAGAUUUAAGUGUAUCCUGUGUGUUUUUUUUAGUGCCAUUAGAACAGAUUAUCAGAGCAUAUAUUUUAAUAUGAAAGGUGAAAUCUAUAUCGAAGGUUAUUUUUGCAUUACUUUGACCCUUUUGUUUUGGAUAAAUUAAAAUAUGUGCUUGCUAUACUGUGGCACAAUGUACAGUGCUGCACGUUUAGUCUGACAUGGCUGAAGUUCAUCUAGAUACUUGUGUUUGUUUCACAUUUGUUUAUCCAUGAAGCACUGCAAUAUACAUAAAUGUACCUGAAUUAUGUGUUUGUGUGUUUUUUGAAUGUCUCAUGGAUUGAAACACACGACCUUCCUAAUCAUUAAAAUACCUUUUUAUUUUUUAUUAUUCAGUCUUUGGAAUGUUGUUGCACUUAUAACGCUGUACAAUAUUGUUACAUUUUUCAAUAAAGAUACAAGGAAUGAAAAGUAUUACAAGUUGUUUUGACU